AUGCGUAUGUGUUUAUUAAGAAGUUCCACGGUAUUAUUAGUUAUUAUUAUUGGAGUAAUGCUUCAUUUAGUGGUAGCAUCACCCUUAAAUAGAAGAGACAGGCCUAUUAGAGCGUGUUCCUCAGGAUUAAGUAACGCACUUAAACUUGUGUGCAGUGAAGGAUUUUAUGAACCUCGAUCGCCUAGCGAAUUCAAAGAUUUACCUUCAUCUGGUGGAAUUGUUGAAGAAUGCUGUCAUAAAGCUUGCAGCAUUGAAACUCUUCAGCAGUACUGUCAAUAA